CAGGGACUGGGGUUCUUCUAUGCAUCCUUCUUUUUGGACUUCUACUCCCCAGCUCACUGGAUUGCGAUUCUUUGGCGAGUUUUAACGCGCUCUCCUCUCCCCUCUUCUUCGUCUUCUUCCUCUCACCCCCUUUGAUCUCAAAAAAUCGCGGUGGUGGUGGUGGUGGUGGUUGUGGCGCCGCUCCCUUUUUUAGGUAGAAAUCGAUUAAUCGAUCAGAUAUAAGACGGUAAAAUUUGGGCAAACAAUAUGGAACUUCACGCAACGUGCCUACCAAGUUCAUCUGAUGCUGCACGCCUGCUAUUGCCUGCACGGGGCUGUCGCACGUGUAGGUGCGGGAACUCCGGAUCACGAAGCAAAAGGAUACCUUCAUUUCGUGUAAUGAAUGCUGCAUCUGCUACGCCUCUACCGUCCUCCCAAAAGAUGGCCCCAUCAUCACGCAGAAACGGCUCAAUCACGACGGAUAAGUCGAGCAGUGCCAUGGAACAGCUUGAUAUUGAACGUGGUGUGUGCAUCCCUUAUCGGAAGUAUACUCCAGAGACGGUCAGGAAUACAGUCCUGCAGUCAAGAGGGUCCAUAUUGUCCCUUAUAGGCCGAGGGGUUGAGAUAGUUUGGAAACUCGGCCUUUACUGGUCUGCUCUUUCUUAUGACUGCUUGGUAGGACGAGAUGAGGAAGUAGUUCCAUACCGAGCUCGCCAGCUUCGAAAUCUUCUAUGUGACUUGGGUCCAUCUUUUAUCAAAGCUGGCCAGGUUCUAGCAAACAGACCUGAUAUAAUCCGAGAGGAUUAUAUGAAUGAGCUCUGCAUUCUUCAAGAUGAUGUUCCUCCCUUUCCUAAUCGGGUAGCUUUUGAUAUAAUUGAAGAGGAAUUAGGGCAACCUCUUGAGAAGGUAUUUAGCCGAAUCUCAUCGCAGACGAUAGCAGCUGCAAGUUUGGGCCAAGUUUACCGUGCCACCCUACGGGAGACGGGGGAGGAUGUUGCCAUAAAGGUUCUAAGACCAGAGAUAGAACCAAUAAUUUAUCGAGACCUUUUUUUGUUCCGAACUCUGGCUUCCUUCUUGAAUGGAAUUAGUCUGCAAAAAUUAGGCUGCAAUGCAGAGCUUAUUGUUGAUGAAUUUGGUGAAAAGCUUUUGGAAGAACUCGACUAUACUCUUGAAGCUCGAAAUAUUGAGGACUUCUUGGAGAACUUUAAAGAUGAUCCGACAGUCAAGAUUCCGCGAGUUUAUAAGAAACUCUCUGGUUCGCGUGUUCUGGUAAUGGAGUGGAUCAACGGAAUUCGGUGUACUGACCCACAGGCCAUUAGAGAAGCAGGGAUUGACGUAAAUGGUUUCCUCACAGUCGGUGUGAGUGCUGCUUUGCGGCAAUUGUUAGAAUUUGGGUUGUUUCAUGGGGACCCCCAUCCUGGAAAUAUUUUUGCAAUGCGUGAUGGUCGAAUAGCUUAUGUUGAUUUUGGAAAUGUCGCUGUGCUUAGUCAGCAAAACAAACAAAUACUGAUUGAUGCUGUUGUUCAUGCUGUGAAUGAGGACUAUGCUGAGAUGGCAAAUGACUUCACAAGGCUUGGAUUCCUUGCUAGUGGAACAGAUGUUUCCCCAAUUAUUCCUGCGUUAGAAGCAAUCUGGCAAAAUUCUGUUGGAAAAGGAUUGGCUGACUUUAACUUCCGGAGUGUCACUGGGAAGUUCAAUCAGCUUGUUUACAAUUAUCCUAUCCGUAUCCCAGAGAGGUUUUCUCUUGUUAUUCGUUCAUUGUUGACCCAGGAAGGAAUUUGCUUCACUUUAGAGCCAGAUUUUAAAUUUCUUGAGGUUGCAUAUCCUUAUGUAGCGAAGCGCCUUUUGACUGACCCAAAUCCUGCACUUCGUGAGCGCCUUAUACAGGUGCUAUUCAAGGAUGGUGUAUUCCAAUGGAAACGGCUUGAAAACCUCAUAGUUCUUGCUAAAGAAAAUGUGGCUAAGAUGAACAGCAAUCCGGCAUUGAAAGUGAAGAGCACGCGAAGUUCAAGAAAUGGCCAAUUUGGGAAGAAAUUAGACCUCACAGAAACUAUAAAGGAUGGAGCACGUAUGUUCCUGAUCGAUGCUGGGAUCAGGAGACAACUUAUAAUGGCUCUAACUGAAGACUCAAAGUUGCACAUUCAAGAGCUUGUAGACGUAUACAGAUUGGUUGAAGAAGAUGUAGAUGUACCAUCAGUUGCAUUGGAGGUCCUGCGAGAUUUGCCUACUGCUACACGAGAUUUUAUGCUUCACUGGAGCGAGUCGGUUCUGUCGGAUCGGCGAUAGGUUAUCUGAUGAAUACGGUAGUGCACUGCUUUGUACAAAUGAAUACUAGUCAUUUGUCUCGUUGCUAUCCCCUUCAUACAAUGUGUAAUACAACACGACCGCUGUUUAAUAGGCCAUAUUGCCUCCUAGCAUGCAUCCAUUUAUGUUUUAUUUUUUUUGUCCCAAUUUGUCUACUCGGCAAUGUAAAUCUGAGCUGCUAAUACAAUGUAAAGUAUGUUUAUAGUACCAAGAAGAUAGUAAAUAACCUUGUUUUGAUUCAUGAUACGAUGUAUCCAAUGUUCCUUUGUUGGAAGGUUGAACCUA